UGAGUAUCAGAAUGUUGAAAUAUGUUCUCAGUGGCACCCAAGUUUUGAUUUACAGUUGUACCUCUUUCAUUUUACAUGGUAAUGGUAUAAACGUAAUAUCGGAAAAUUGUACUUUAGUCUUCAAAAAAAUCGCAGGCUGAAGCGGAUAAAAGAAUUAUUGAUGUUUUAUUUUCUUAUAGAAGAAAAUUGUUUGCUUACUUAAGAAACUUUUUGACUGAAAACUUAGAAAUGAUACAAUGAUGAAUUAAAACGGAAUUGCAUUGAGAAUGUCUAAAGUUUCAAGUAGUAUGUUUCUGCGUACUUUUGUGUGAAAUAACUGAAGAUUUAUUUUAUAUAUUUUGAAGAUAUUGAAGUAAAAGGAUUCAUCGUUUUGACCUUUAUGUUAACGUAAACACCCAUCACACUUUCUCUUUUUUUUUUAUGAUAAGAGUUUUACAAUUUCUUGAAUUUAAAAAACAUUUUAAAUAUAUAUACAUAUUGAAGCAUAUUAUGAAUAUAAACUUCCUGAUUGUAGAUCCGAAGUCAGCCUACUAAGUGUUAAUAUAUUCAAAAUAUUUCGGCAAGGCACUUAGAUAUUAUUAGAAGUUUAGUGGGUUCUAAGUAGAUACAGCUAACGACUCUGUGAAAUAAUGGUUGACAAUUCUGAUCAGCUUCUGCCAAUAGGUCCAUACCGCAAAAUGGCUGCCAAAUCCGGCAUGUAAUCUACGUUAGCACCUAGUUUUGAUCAGUAUCUUCGUUUCAACUAUUUUCUAUGUUGACUAUGUGGAGACAGCCAUCUGCCAUCCAGGCAUAUGCCAGGACUGCAUACCAGUGUCAUCGGCAACAGAUUUCGGAUGUUUGUAAAGCUGGAGGUUUGCUAGUGCACCCGUUUCCUCCAGAAUUUCCAAUGGUUGAUAAUACUGGAGUACAUAGGUAUACUACGCAGGCUUUCAAAUCUAAAACUGGUUUCCGGCCUGCUGCUCACAAUAACACUGCCAAUAGUAAUGUUAACCACAAUAGUUACCAAAGUGGACAUCAAAGUUAUAACAAUACAAACAGAAAGACAAAACAAGCUGCAGCCAAUUUGUACCUGUAUGGGAAAUUUAAUGAGACUGAUAAUAUAGAAUUAUUACUAGAUCAAGUACAUUUACGAUCAUUAACUGUUCAAGAUCUACCACAGUUUCUGUCCAAGAUGAAUAAUUUGCUACACCAUCAAAUUGAUCUUGAUGUUCUUCUGAAAGAUGAUCGUUUUGACAAAGUUAGUAGCACUCUGCACAAUAAUGUACGUGCCCUAAGCCCAAGUAGUUUGCUACAAUGUCUGGAAGCUUUAUUUCAGAUGAGCAACAAAGAUAUUUAUCUGAUAGAAUCUUUAGAAAAACAAGUACAAUGGCUUCUAUGGAAGAUGUCCAUUGGAAGUCUUAUUAGAACACUUGCUAUACACAAGCAACACCAAGAGACACCAUUGCGGAAGAAACUUCUCUCAGAGACACUGGGUGUUAUUGAAAAGCGUUGGGUAGAGCUCUCUUGUCCCAAAGACCUGAUUACAUUGAUGUACAUUUUAGAUGACAACAGUGACCACUUAUUUUCUAAAGUGGAAACAAGGGCUUUUGAUUUGGUUGAGAAAAUGGAUGUGAAAGAGUUGUAUCGUGUGACUUACCUGCUGUCACGACGUAAACAUCGUAACACACCAUUAAUACGUGCUUUGAUUUAUCAUCUGAAUAAAAGCUGCCUCAAGCUUAGUAAUAUGCAUCUGGUCAACCUCCUUUAUGCUUGCUGCAGCCUCAAGAUCUAUGAUAACCAUUUGCUGAAUAAAAUGUCCAACACUUUGGAAAAAAAGGUUCCCCAUUUGGAGAGUAAUGUUCUGCUAUUCUCCAUCUUGACGUCUUUUUCCAAACUUCGUUGGCAUCAUACCCCAGUACUGGAUGCAGUAUUUAAUAAGAUUUUUGCUAUCCAAGAUCACCUUGGCCCUAAAGAAAUAUCACAAAUUGUUAUUAGCUUUUCUCAUUUAGUCUAUGAUAAUAAGGAUAUGGCAGCCAUAUUGCCUAAUUUUAUGCCUCGUCUUCAUACUUUCCGUGAACAUGAUCCAAUGCAGUGGCUUGAAAUUGUCUGGUGCUUGGCUGUUCUGAGACUUUGUGACCAAGAAACUGCUGCAACAGUAUUGAAUUCACAUUUUCUCCAUCACUUAGAAGGUUUGGAUCCCUUCCGGAAAACCCUGGGCCAGCUACGGUUACUAAAUAUUGCAGCCGCUGUUCAACACGACCUUAUCUCCUACAAUGGACCAUUGAUUCCACAUGAUUUCAUUGAUAAGGUGCACCUGAAGGCUCUCUCCCGUUCUCAACAUGGUUUGGCUGUAUCUGUAACAACUGCUCUUUCCAAUUUUGCUCCCCUGAACAAAUUUGUCAGGACAGAUGUGAUAACACCAUAUGGUUAUAUACUUGAUGCUGUACUAUUUGUUGACAAGAAAGGUGAACCUCUUGUAUAUGAUGAACAUUAUGGGCAUGAGCCAAAACCAGGUGUUAAUCGGAUUGCUUUCAAAGUAUUAGAUUUCCCUGAUAUGACCCUCUGUACAGUUAAGCCUACAGGAUUGCACACAAUGGCAGCAAGACACCUCAUUCAUUUAGAUUACAUAUUAAUACAGGUCCCUUAUACUGAAUUCAGUGAUCGUUUGACUACUGUGAAAAAAAUGCAGUACCUUCAACGUAGGAUCAGAUCAGCUAUUGCUUCUUCCUAAGGAAGAAAUGACUGUGAAAACUCCAUUCUUAUGACAUUGGCUCUCAAUUCUGGUCUGUUUGUAAGCCAAUGUUUUAUAUAGAGUUUAAUGAGAAAAUGAAAAAAUAGACUUAAAUCAGAAACUGAGUGAUUGAACAAAAUGUGUUUAAUAUUUGAGUGGUUUUAAAAGUCUAUUUAGCAAUUAUUAUUAUUA